CUGUGAAGAGAAGACAAGGAGAGAGACGCAGGCUCUCUCAACUGCUGCCGCUACCUUAUGCUACCGAUGCCGAUGCAUGUUGUCCACGUCCCAUGUCAGCUCCCACACUUUGCAUCGCACCUGCCUUGCCGUGCCUCGCCUUGCCAUUUCCCUCUACUAGGACCGCACCAGCGCAGCACAUUUCACUUCAGGUCCCAUUUCCGCCCAUUUUCGCCCACACCAAGUUCAGUUCUCCUCGCUUUCCCCCGUUCGUUCUUUCCCUUCUGCGUCCACUUCCAUGUCCGUCCACCCGGCCCGGCGUCCAGUUCCAUCCACAGUUUCCACACCACAACCGACCUGCACCUUCCCUUCCCCUUCCCUCACCUUUAUCCACACUUCCCACUUCACAUCGUUUCCUCCCCCCGAAUUCCAGCUUCCCUCCUACAUCCCAUUCCCAUGACUCGGAUCCUCUCCUAAUCCGGUCACCAAAAGGUGCUGAAUACUCUCGCUCGCAACAGACAACUUGUGCGCCAUCACAAUUCAAUCCUGUAUGCGGGCCACACAUAACCACACUCUCCCUCACAACCUCCGUCUGAUGCGCUUUCUCCAGUGACGACUCUCGAAGCAACAAAAUUGUCGAUCGGUCGAACCGCGUUUUUAUCGUCACCCGCAAUCAUCGACCUAUACGAUCUGUAAUGCGACAAUAUCCAUAGCCCGCCUCUAUUCGCUCG